AUGGGUGAGUGAGUUUGUGAACGUUGAUUUUCAGAUAGGUUAGCGAAGGGGCCAUAGGGCGGGAUAUGUCUUGUUGUUUCGGACGUUGUCUCCAGGUCUUGCCUGCGCCCGAAACCGUUUCAAGUUCAAGGCACCAUGACUCACUGACAGAGUUUCGAGGUGCCUCCGCGGGCACCCUCUUGCAGGUCUCUCCGCGGCACCCGAGGGGUGCCGCUGUAUUCUACCAGACACCAGAAGUGCCCGCCAUGACGCUAGGGGCCGACUCGGCCGCGGCGGGUGCGCCGCCGGGACUGGAUGCCACCGUUGCAGGCGAACCGCCGCCGCUGGCCCCCGAGGGCGCCGCCACCGACGUGAACCAAGGCAGCUGGUGGCUCGCGGCGGCGUGGGGACUCCUCGCCCUGGCAGGCGGAGGAGGAGCCCUGGCAGCCCAGCUGGGCUCGACAGGACGGGCCCGCCUGGCGGGCCUCACCGUGUUCGGGCUGGUGGGCUUCCUCGCCACAGUGAGGGUCGUGCGCCAGGCGUGGUGGCUCUACUGCGACCAAGAGGCGACGAGGGCGCAGAUGGCCGCCCUCACGGCCCAGAUGCAGCAGCUGGCCCUGUCGGGAGCGAUGGGCAUGCCAGGAGGAGGUUUCCCUGGCGGCGGCCCGCCUGACGAAGUCAUGCCCGGGUGGGCCGACGUGGAGCCGCCGCCGCCGGGGAUCCCGCAGGUGCCGGGCGUGACGAUGACGGGGCCGGCCGCAGGACCCAUCGGUCCUCCAGUCUCGCUUCUGCUUAAGGAUUAUUGGAUUAUUUUGUGUUGCUGGUUUUGCUGCAUUUUAGCCUCCAAGAUUUAGCCAAACUGGCAAA